AUGCAGCCCCUUGCCCCCGCCCCGUCGGCGCGUGAGGGCGCGCGAGGGUAUCUGACGCCACCCACCAACAUGUCGCUCCCCCCACAGCGAAAAGCCUCGAUGGCGUGUAGUGAGUGUAAGCGACUCAAAUCCAAGUGUCGCGUGCGCGACGGGGCCACCUCCUGCGACCGGUGUACCAAGCAGAAGCUGCAAUGUGUAUUCGAUCUCGACGACGAUGGCCGCCGGCGAUUGGCCCACAAGCGCAAGAUCGAAAAACUCGAGGAGGAGCGCGAUCUUCUACUGCAGGUCGUCCACUCGCUGCGCGACAGCUCGGACGCCAAGGCCGCCCAAUUGUUGAAUCUCGUGCGCAGCAAAGCCCCGCUGGGCGAGCUCAAGCUCUACAUGGACCAGUAUUUGACCGGGGAAGAUCGAUAUGAACUCCUGUAUGCGGCCAAUAAGAAGGUUUCUGUCCACCGAGCCAUGGAUAUUAACCGCUUGGUCGACAUCCCCGUGUACCGGGUACCUGCCGCGCCCUGGACCUCCGUCACCACCUCCGACGACCUGGUAUCGCAUCUUGUCUCUCUCUGGUUCACCUGGAGUCACCCCUUUUACAACUGGGUCGAUCGCGACCUGUUCCUUCGGGAUGCACGAUCAGGCAAGCUCGACUCGCCAUUUUGCUCUCCGUUCCUGUUCAACUGCAUUCUUGCAGAAGCCUGUUUCCAUUCCGACUAUCCGGAAGCUUACGCCGAUCCUGAUGAUCCUAACUCGAAGGGGGCGCAUUUCUAUGAGGAGGCCCGACGACACUAUGAGAAGGUAGAAGGGCAACUGGAUGUGCCCACCCUCCAAGGUUCUGGGGUGAUGUAUGUGUGUAUGGCAGCCAUGGGGAAGGAACGUGUGGGAUGGUGGUAUCUGAGCCAGAUCAACGAUAUGGCCCAGGAGUACUCAAAAAGACACCGACCACCGUCGGUGGAGACCCGAGAGAGCCGCGCGGUCAACAAUACUAUCUGGGGCCUCUAUUGCCUCACAGCGACUGCAUCGAUCGCAUACAUGAAAUACCUGGCCAUCGAGCAGCCCGGAAGGCCCCUUCUUCCAUGCGAUCACGCCGAAGAUGAGACCUGGUCGCCCUACCCCCAGCCACAGGCCACCCCACUGCAAUCGCAUAUCCCUUGUGUCUUCAACAGCUGGUGUGAGUUGAGCAAAAUCAACGUGGAUACCAACAAAUCGAUAUUUGGAACCGGGUCAAAACUACCACGAGGCGACCUGCACCGGACUUUGAAAGAGGUGCAACCAAGGCUGGAUGAUUGGAGAGCGCAACUACCAGAAUGCCUGACCCUCGAAAACAGCUCUGUCCCGCAGGCGUUUAGCUUGCACUUCUUCUACCAUACCCUCAUAAUCAUGCUCUGGGGCCUCCUAAAGGGGGAAGCUAACCCUGAUGAUGCCGACGAAGAAGACAACGACGACGACGAGAGCGACCGCGCCGCCACCGCCGCCACCGCGCGGAAGCUCUGCGUGGAGUCGGCGCUGGCCAUCGUACGCCUCCUGCGCAUCCAUCGCACGCGCUGGGGGAUCGACUACAUCCACCCGACCACCAUCCACUGGGUGAGCAUGGCGCUGUUCACCCUGCUUGAGGUGCUGGACCACCCGGACCCGGAGUACAAGACCUCAUUCACCGAGCUCUGCGUGUUCGCCCGCGCCCUUUCCCGGAAAUGGACCCUGAUGAAGGGGAUCCUGCGCAUGAUCCAGGUCUCGACGCAGAAGAACAGCGUCGUGCUGCCGCCCGAGACCGACGCCCUCUUCACCGAGUUCGAGCAGGCGAUGUGGGAGAGCAAGGACCGCGAGCGUUUCAAGAGUCUGUACCCGAACCCGAAUUCCUUGUCCAAAACGGGUGGUGACCGGUCGCAGCUGGAUGACGUCGACCUGGAUAGGUUUUUAGAGAAGUGGGAUACCCUCCACGUUGAUGAGGAUGGUGAGCGGGAGGAGUCGGCCGGUAGUGAGCAGGUCUAA